UAUGUUUUCAAGCAGUAUCUUUUAAUCUAUAAUAUCAAAAAAAAAAAAAAAAAGAAAAAAUAGAAAGAGCUAAAAGAAUUUUGUUUUCUUAUCAAAUAGCAAAAUGGAUGUUGUCAAGAAAAUAAAAACUGUGAAAGAGAUUGAAAAGCCAAAAAGUAAUAUCAGUGAAACAAAAAGCAACAGUAAUGAAUCGAAAUUAAAUAGAAAGUGGAGUAAUAAGGAUAAAAGAAUGUUGUUAAAAGCUCUACAAAAAUACGGAUCCGAAAAUAUUGAAGACGAAUGGUUGAAUUGUGGACUGUAUAAACCAGGGGAUAGCUUCAUACCAGAAGCAUUAUUAUUAGCAAUAUACAAAUACCUUUAUCGUUCAUGCUUUGAACAACCAUCAUAUUUUGAUUUAUCACCAAAAGAUAGAGAUUUAUUAUGCUUUUUAUUAUCAAAAGUUGAACAAAAAGUAUGGCCACAAUGUAAGACAGAUAUUUGGGAAUAUAUUGGUAAAGUUUACAAUAAAAGAAACAUAAAAAGAGUAUAUCCUGGAAAGAAAGGAUAUUCUUCAUAA